CGCGCCGCAGCCCGGAAGCGGAAGGCCUGCGGCGGAAGCUGCUUCCAGCUCCGGUGCGCGGUGCCCUUGGGCUGGCCGGGGACGAUGGCGGCGCUGGGGCUGCUGCGGGCGGGGCUGGCGCGGCCCCGCGGCGCCCAGAUGGCUCUCCUCGGGAGGACCCUUCUCCGCCGCCCCGCCGUCCUCGGGGCCGUCGCCCAUCCGAGCGCUCCGGCUCGGCAAAGCCACAGUCCCCCGCAGCGGGGCCACGGUUUAAAAAAUUCCCUACCCAGCCCAUCAGAAGAGCAAAUCACAUUCCACAGCCCCAAAGGUUUGCAAUGCAUCUCGCUCUUAAUGCAGACAGUAGAGGAGACCCCUCAGCCCAUCCCAGCGAAGAUCAAAGGACUUAUUCCCAAAUGGAUUAAUGGCAGUCUUCUGAGGAACGGUCCUGGGAAGUUUGAGUUUGGCGAGGACAAAUUUAACCAUUGGUUUGAUGGAAUGGCCCUGUUGCAUCAGUUCCAUUUGGAGAAUGGCACAGUGACAUACCGUAGCAAGUUUCUGCAGAGCAGCUCCUACCUGACCAACAGCCAGCACAACCGCAUCGUGGUCUCAGAAUUUGGGACGUUGGCAAUGCCAGACCCAUGCAAGAGUGUCUUCGGGCGCUUCAUGUCACGCUUUGAGAUGCCACAGACAAGUGACAAUGCCAGCGUGAACUACGUUGUGUAUAAAGGAGACUAUUAUGUCAGCAAUGAGAACACCUUCAUGUACAAAGUGGACCCAGAAACGCUUGAAACAAAGGAAAAGGUAGACUGGAGCAAAUUUGUUGCAGUGAAUGGGGCCACUGCUCAUCCUCAUUAUGAAUCUGAUGGGACAACAUACAACAUGGGCAAUUCCUAUGGGAAACACGGGUCUAGGUAUAAUAUCAUUCAGGUCCCUCCACAAAAGUCAAACUGUAGUGACACGUUAGAGGGAGCGAAAGUGCUGUGUUCCAUUGCUCCAAUGGAUAAGAUGAAACCCUCCUACUACCACAGCUUUGGAAUGAGUGAAAACUACAUAAUUUUCAUUGAGCAACCCAUCAAGCUGAAUCUGUUGCAGAUUCUCACUUCCAAGCUCCGUGGGAAAGCCAUUUCUGAAGGGAUAAGCUGGGAGCCUCAGUACAAUACUUGCUUUCAUGUGGUGAAUAAGCACACUGGGGAGGUGCUGCCAGGGCAGUGGUACAGUAAGCCCUUUGCUACUUUCCAUCAAAUCAAUGCUUUUGAAGAUCAUGGCUGUGUGGUCCUUGAUCUGUGCUGCCAGGAUGAUGGAACGACUCUGGCUACUUACAAACUUCAGAAUCUGCGGAGGAGUGGGGAAGGUCUAGAUCAGGUUUAUGACUCAAUAUCCCGAGCUUUCCCUCGUCGCUUUGUUCUCCCACUGAAUGUGAAUUCAGACACACCUGUGGGGAAGAAUCUGAACCCACUGUCUUAUACAUUGGCAAGGGCUGUGAAAGAUGCAGAUGGCAAGGUCUGGUGCACACAUGAAAACCUCCACCCUGAGGGCUUUGAAAAGGUAGGGGGCUUGGAGUUCCCCCAGAUCAACUACUCUCGGUACAAUGGUAGGAGGUACCGUUACUUCUAUGGAUGUGGUUUUCGGCAUUUGGUUGGAGAUUCCUUGAUCAAGGUUGACGUGGAGACCAAGAAUUUCAAGAUUUGGCAGGAGGAUGGAUCCUACCCAUCAGAGCCUGUGUUUGUGCCAGUGCCUAAUGCCAUGACAGAAGACAGUGGAGUCAUCUUGUCUGUUGUGGUCUCCCUGACUGAGAACCGAAGUGCUUUUCUGCUUCUCUUGGAUGCAGAGACCUUCAGAGAAUUGGGGCGAGCGGAAGUUGCAGUGCAAAUGCCUUAUGGAUUCCAUGGCAUCUUUACUUCCCACUGACUGAAGACCUUGUCACCUUCUGUAACUCAGGGCUGGGUCAGGCUCAGAAAGAAAACUCUGCUUUCUUUUACCUCCCACCUUUGCAUUAUGCUCUGGACGAAGGAACUACUUUUUCUCUAUCAUAUCCUCUGAGUUCCUGCUAUAUUCCUAACAAUAUACAGCAAAGGGUUGAGAAAGACAGAAGGGAAGAGAGUAUCGGUACUUAGGGCAGUGACUUUGGCUGAAACGUGUAAAGCAGAAGAGAGGAGUAAAACCAGCUAGCAACAUGUAGGCCCAAUGAAGGGAUGUAAUUUCACCCCCAUUGCAUAAAGAUUGCCUUCAGUGAAGCCCAGCAAGCAGAUGCAAACACUCACAGAAGCUGUCCUAGUAGUGCUUUUCUCUGUACGCUAAUGGUGCCCUCAAAUAAAACGUUGUGAAGUA